AUGCUUCGCGAAUCAGAUGAGCUGCCAUCAUGCGCCAUUGUGCUUCGAUGGAGGCCUUACCAACCCAAAUUCGGUAUGGGUCCUGUUCACCAGGAGAGCGUAUCCGGGCGGCAAAAUGACAUCGCCGGCGGAUAUGACACUGCCGUAAUUCGCCUAGUCAGACGAUUUGUCGGUGGCACCAUAAGAGGCUCUUUAGAUGCCGGGGCUGACGGGCUCCAGUCUCUCAACAUGAAGGAAAUCUAUAGCUGA